AGUUAUGCUCGAUGAGCUAGCCUUUCUGGUAAAUGGAUAUGAUGGAAUCGCAAAUCGCCGCAGCAAGUUCAAAUGGUUAUGUCGUAUGUUUGAGGUUUGUAGGGAGCGCCCUGUUCGACUUGAUGGACAAAAAGCAAGUGCGGAGCUACUGCACACACACUUGUUGAUUCGAUUAUGCAAUCUGCGCUUGGAAUGCUUCAAAGAAGAAGUCAAUGAAGUAUUAGGUGCGCUUCGUGACUACGAUGAAGAGCUGUACUACUUUGUUGUUGUGGCCACGUAUCGGCUGUCGGAUGAGGACCUGCGCAGCAGUCUGGAAAAAUUUUCUGAGAAAAAGUGGCAGUAUAUUCAUGACUUACCGAGCUCCACAACAUCAGGAAUUUUCCCCGUUCCUCAGUUACCUUGGGACAUUUCUCCUGCACUUAGUGCUGAUUUAGCCGUACCGGAUGUGACUAGAGAAGACCCUAUUGAACCUCAUGACAUUAGGCCCAUUGAUGCUAGAGGUAUGCUGACAGAGCAGUACUCGGCUCUUCUGAGCAGUGAUGUUUUACGGAUAGCUGAGGAAAGACCAGGGCCGUCUUGUGAAUGUCUUUGUUUUGACGAGGAAGCUGGUAUGACUGCUCUUAUCGAGAUGUUUGAUGGCGUCAGUUCAGAUCUUUUCCAGGAGAACAAUGGCGAGUUUACAGCAGCAGAAAAUUUGAAACUCGAUGGCUGGAGUGUUGCUCGUACUCAAGCAGUAAUGAAUACAGAAGUAGAGGCUGCAAACAGAAUCCACCAUCAUUACCGAUCCAUCAAUGAUCUAUGUGCCAACCACGUAUCCAAGAACUUUUCAGAACUGAUUUCAGCUGCUUUAGAAAAUAUGAAGACUUUGUUCAGGAAACGUCUUCUAAAGUGCAGCGUCCGUGAGGAUCCGAUGUGUGUACGCAUAGAGAAAUUACAUAAUAUUGUAGAAGAUCAAAUUGAAGUGCUCACUGUCUGUAAUGAGACAUUGAGUUCCGCGAAAGUUCAGGUAACUUCGUUGGUCUUCACUCUACGGUGCUUGAGAAAUUCCACUUCUGCCUAUCACGAACAUCUUCGUGAAUGCUACGAAAUUCUUCUGAAGAAACUUAUAAAUUUCGCGACAGUGAGCAUAAGCUCAUUUGUGAAUACUGGACGUUGCGACUUCUCGGAUAAUGUGUUUGUGGAAUGCGUCGCAGCGAAACUAUCACCAGAUCGGACAGUUUACGGGGAGAUGUGGGAAUCAAAUUUUGGCAUCGAUUUGCCAUCUUCUCCUGAUCUUAAUCCACGCCUAUGUCGGAUGGUAGUCAAACAGGGCGUUUUGGUCCGUUUACUCAACAUCGACAUAGCUACUGCUCAUGGCUCUACAGAUCUCUGCACUUUGUACAACGUAACCAGCACAGAUGACGAAGAUUGCGUGAACAUGGAGAUGGUGAGAAUUCUAGAUGAAAUUGAGCAGAGAUUUUUGGGCGAAAUACUGCCAACAACCUUGGAAGACAUCGUGGAAUGGGUAGUGAGUAAUUCUCCCAUGUACAAACGAUGCUGUCUCGUUGCUUCGGCAAUCCUUUGCGAUGUCCGUAGCAUGUGUGAUGUCAUUCGAUAUCUGGUACUCAGUGCAGGUGCAGCCAAUCUGGAAACUGAGCAUUCGAAGAGUCUACACAUGCAAAGGUUGCGAGCUGAAUUGGAGGCUCGGCAUUUCGAUCGUCGUCAUAUCUCAGCUAUAGAUAUUGUUACUGAAUCUGGAACUAAGCUGAUACUUAUUACUCCACCUGAACCGCUGUCAAUAAUCAUCACAGCUGGACAUGGAAGACGUUAUGUCAGGAUAUAUACAUUUUUGACAGAUCUCACGAGAGCAGCAUUUGCUCUAAAUGAUGUAGAACUCAGAGAACCCAGUAUCAGUCCCGAAAGUAGUCGUCAAUUAUUUUACUGUUGUUCGGCGAUGCUACGGGUGAUCACUGGCGCUCGCGAUCAUGUUAUUGCAGAGCUGGAUUCCGUUUGGCGACAUUUCUUGAAUGAGUUGGACAGUGUUACCACUAUCGAUCAAGCCAUCAACUCGCACAGACGGGCCAUGAAGAGUAUGAUGCAACGAACACUACUAGAUGUGAGCAAUCUCACUACUGGUCGAACUGUGGAAGUGAUGUGCGAGAGUUGCGUGCGAUUUGCACAGGCCAUGAAUUCCGGUGACGAAGCGAGUGCUUUCAUCCACUACCGGCUUUUCGAUGAACAUGCUCAACUAUUGCGAGAAAAGUUGAAUGUCGAAAGGACAAAUAUCUACGCUCGUACUCUAUUAUGGCGAAUUGGCAAUGAUGGGGAAUUUUUCGAAACGGAGGAAGAGAAUACGCUUUUCGACUAUAGUAGCCAGAUUCUUUCAAAGGCAUCCACUUUUCGAUCACUUCGUGAACUAUCACAGAGUGCUUCCCAACUCAUAUUCUGAAUGUGGUCUCAAAGAGUUGUAUGUAAUUUUAUUAUCGACUGCAUUUAAAACAAAAUUUCUCAAAAGACAUAGCACGAUCAAGUUUGCUCACUUAUGAGUGUUUAUAGUAAAUAUUGAUUUUUUUGUGCUAGGAAUACGCAUGAUUAUACUAUCACUUCUGCUAUUACAGAUGAAAGAUUUCAAUGUAUUUCUUCU